AUGUCUCCCAGCGCCCCUCCAAUCCUUGAUUUCUCCGCGUUCUACGGCGGCGAUAGCGCUGCAAAGGCACAGCUCGUCGAACAGAUCCGCGAAUGCUGUCUGUACAAUGGCUUCUUCCAGAUCACGGGCCACCGCGUACCGCGCGAGCUCCAGCAGCGCGUCAUGGCCUGCACGAAACGAUUUUUUGAUCUGCCCCUCGAGGAGAAGGUUCUGGUUGACAAGAAUCACAACACCUGGAACCGUGGCUACGAAUUGCUCCGAUCGCAGAUGCUCGAAGUCGGCACCGGGCCCGAAUUGAAGGAGGGAUACUACGUGGGCGAGGAGAUUUCCGAGGACCAUCCCUAUUUCGUGCAGAAGAAGCUCAACAGCGGCCCCAACCAGUGGCCGCCUACCGUCCCGGACAAAGAGGAGUUCAAACGCACGACCAUGGAAUACUACCACGCGGUGUUUGAUCUGGCCAAGGACGUGCUGGGCGCGUUGGCGCUGACGCUCGACGUGUCGGAAGACUACUUCGACCCCUUGACCGACGGGGCGGUCGCCACGAUGCGAUACCUGCACUACCCGGCCCAGCCGAAGGACGCGGACGAAAAGCUGAACCGGGGGAUUGGCGCACACACCGACUUUGGUUGUAUUACGCUCUUGCUGCAGGAUGAGGUGGACGGGCUGCAAGUUCUUGACGCGCCGACCGGCGAAUGGCUGGAUGUCGAACCCGUGCCCGGAGCCUACGUUGUCAACCUGGGCAACCUGUUCAUGCGCAUGGCCAACGACCGGUACAAAUCCAACAUCCACCGGGUGAUCAACAAGUCCGGCAAGGAGCGGUACAGCAUCCCGUUCUUCUUCAGCGGGAACCCGGAUUACCUGUGCGAGUGUCUGCCCAACUGCCGGCAGCCGGGCGAGGACCCCAAGUACCCCCCGAUCACGGUCGAGGAUAUGGUGACGGCGUCGUACAAAGAGAGUUACGGUAGAGCGGAGAAGUACAAGCAGGAGAUGAAGGCGAAGAUGGAGUAUUUGAGAGAGUACAGGGCAGUCGUCGACGCUCCAAGACGUGAUACCCUCGAGGCCGAGACGAAGGGCGUGAUCUUCGACGACCCCGACGUGCAGCAGUUCUACGGCACGUCCACGACGGAAGCGUAUCGCCUGAAGUCAGAACUCAUCGGGCGAUGCAUGGAGGAGAUAGGGAUGGGGCGGUUCCAAUGGAAACUCUUCGUGGUCACGGGGUUUGGAUGGAUCGUGGACAAUUUCGCAUCCCAAGGCAUCAGCGCCGUGCAGCCACCCAUCGAGCUCGAAUUCCCCGGUAUCGUGCAGGUCAGCUACAGCUCCGUCGCCUACUACAUCGGCCUGAUCCUGGGGGCCUCCUUCUGGGGCAUCUCCAGCGACCUCAUCGGCCGCAAGCCCGCGUUCAACUGCACGUUGCUCAUCGCCGGGAUUUUUCUCUGUGGGGCAGCGGGGACGAUGAACUUCGUGGGGUUCAGCGCGAUGUGGGCGAUGGUCGGGACGGCGGCCGGGGGGAACGUGCCGGUGGAUAGUAUGAUCUUUCUGGAGUUUGUGCCGGGGAGUCAUCAAUGGCUGCUGACUGCGCUGUCUGCGUGGUGGAAUCUGGGCCAGCUGAUUGUCUCGCUGGUGGCGUGGGUGUUUCUGGCGAAUUUCAGCUGCGCGGCGGAUUCGACGCCGGAGACGUGUCGUCGGGGGGAUAAUAUGGGGUGGAGGUACACCCUCAUAACCCUGGGCAGUCUCUCGCUCGCCUUCACCCUCAUCCGCACCUUCGUGUUUAAACUGCCCGAAACACCCCGAUACCUCCUCUCCAAGGGCCGCGACCAAGCCGCCGUGGACGCCGUCAACCACGUCGCGAAGGCGAACGGCAAGCCGGCCCCAUUGACCCUGAGCAUGCUGCAGGACAUCGACGCCCGACUGGGCAUCCCGUCCACGACGUCGUCCGCCCUCUCGACGACCGAGAUCCUCCGCGAGAACAUGAAAGACUUCAAGGGCGAGCACUAUCGCGCGCUCUUCGCCACCAGACCAUUAACCCGACACACCGUGAUCAUCUGGGGGAUAUGGUUGACCAUCGGAAUCGCCUACCCCCUCUACUUCAACUUCCUCCCCUCCUACCUAGCCACGAAAUUCACCUCAUCGGCAAGCCUAACAACCACCUACCGCAACUACUGCAUCGAAUCCGCCGUCGGCGUCGUCGGCCCCCUGUCCGCGGCAUACCUGGUCACCACGAUCUUCGGGCGCCGAUGGAUGAUGGGCCUCUCGUCCAUCAUCACGGGGGUGUUCCUGUUCGCCUACGUGGGCGUCAGCAACCCCACUUCCUCGUUGGCGUUCGCGUGCGUCACGGGCAUGCUGGGGAAUUUCGAGUAUGCAAUCAUGUACGCCUUCACCCCGGAAUCCUUCCCCGCGCCGCACCGCGGCACCGGCACCGGCACGGCGGCCAGCCUGCUGCGGUUCGGCGGGCUGUGCGCCAGCCUCGUCGCGUCGCAGACGGGCUUCACCACCGCGCCCAUCUAUGCCUCGGCGGCGCUGUGGGUGGUGGUCGGGGUCGUGUGUUGGGGGUUGCCGUUUGAGACGGCGGGGCAUGGGUCGAUCUAG